AUGCCUAUUCUACCAGCAGUUGAUUUUGUAUCUUUGCAUUAUACUCCUUUUGCAGAAAGAGUGCAAUCUUCAUCACACAAUAGAAAUCAACUAAUAAUUAAUCAGGUUUAUCAUAGUAUCUGGAUAUUUUGUUCUAAUGAUGUGGACUCAUUAUGUGCACUAAAUAUCCUGAUGAAUCAAUUUCUAAGACGUGAUAAUAUAUCAUGCCUAAUAAACAGUGUCACUCAUUAUAAUGAAAUAUCAAGCAUUCUACAGGAAUAUGAGAAAUAUAAUACCCAGAGAGAGUGUGUUGAGGUUUGCAUAUUAAUUAAUUUAGGAGCAAUGGUUAACAUAGUAACAUUUAUGAAAUCUUGGUUUAGUGCAAAUGUUGAAUUCUGGAUUUUUGACUACCAUCGCCCAAUUAUUGAUGAUUUGUUCUUAAAUUCUAAUGGAUUGGAAAAUUGUAUUGUUAUUUUAUCACAGCAGGAGAUCAAUUUCUUAAAUAGACAACAAAAUAAAAAAAAAACAGAUGAAAAGAAAGGUAAUAAUGAACAAAAGAAGACUUUGAGUACAAUAAAUAAUUCUUUACCCUCACUAUCACAGACAAUAGAUGACCUUGAUAUAUUGAUGGGAGCUAAAGAUUUAAGUGACAGUAAAUCGAAUAAUAAUAAUACGUAUAAGGAAAUAAACACUUCUAAUUCAGAUAAUGAUAGUUAUUUUGGAGAGUAUACUGGUGACCCUAGUAGUUUUGUUAUUUUACAAGCAUUAAAUAAUGCUUUUUCAUCAGAUAGAAUAGACGGGAAUGUAUUGUGGUAUACCAGCAUAAGUAUAAGCUGGCACUAUUUCAAUCACUACAUUGAAGCACUUGACUAUAAAGUUUAUAUAGACACAAUAAAUAACAUAUUACUCAAAUAUAUUAAAAGUAAUACGAGUAAAUAUGAUAGAAAACAAUGGCCAAAAUAUAUUAGGAAGGAUCUUUAUAUUCCACUAUAUAGACAUUGGAAUCUGUUAGAAGCAAUAAAUUGUUGUGAUAUAUUAUUCACAAAUAUGAAUUUAUGGAAAAUAGAGAAUUAUAGAGAAUAUAUAAUGAUGGGUCGUGUAUCUGCAGGGUUAUCAUUAGAUGAGUUUACCGAGAAUUUUUAUUUAUUGGAUAAAUUUCAGUCUAAGAAAUUAGUAAUGGAGCUACCGAAAGGAUUUGAAUCACUGAUUGAUAAUGGUCAGUCUUCAAUUUCUUUAACUAUUUCAACAUUUAUAAAACAUUUACCUGCAGUAGUACUUGAUGUAGGAAUGCACCCACAUAUAUCCUCAUAUGACAUGGCCUUAAUAUUACAUACUACUUUAACUGGAUGUAGUCAAACUUCAAAUUUAUCAGGAUAUAUAUCAGAGAGUAAUUCAAUGAUUAACAAACAGGAUACACCAAUACCUGUUGGUAUUUCUAUAGAAAAUAUAACUAAAAUGGAGUUAAUGUAUCGCGAUAAUUUUAGAGUGGCUUUACAACUAUUACAACUUUGCACUAAUGAUGGUAAUAGUUAUAUAAGUAGUAACCAAACAAGGAACAUAUGGAGAAUUUUCAAACAGUAUAUUGAUGAAACAAAGCAGUUACUUUCACUUACAAUAAAAUAUGUCCGAAUAUUACUAACUUCAAGUACAAAUGAUUGUGUACUCAUCCGUCACAACUACUUUACUCUAGUUGAAUAUAAUGAUAUUGAGAUUAGUCAUGCAUAUAAUUUGCGUCUUAUUGGUAAUAUUCUUGUAUCUGUUUUAAGUAAGGGCCAUGAUUUACAAGAUAGAUUUGUUAUUGUAAAUAAAGAUAAUUUAUCUCAGAUUGCUACUGUUGUGGGGAUUACACCUGGCUGUGAUAUCCAUAAUCCUAAUAUCUUUGGAUCUUUAUUUUCGAAAGCUAUAGACAACUUAAAUGAGAAUAAAGUAGAUGGUUAUAACAAAAGUUCCCCAAACUACUUUAUACAGGAUGAUUUUGACUUUUGUAUUAUGCACCUACAUCUAAAUAUACUAGAUAAAUUUAUCUCAGUAUUAUUUGUACUUGCUGAAAAUUAUUCACAAAAUCUAAACUCCAUAUAUAGUAAUGAUGAAGAAUUGGUGCAACAAUCUCAAGAUACUGAUGAGGAACUGAUAGAUGAUACAUUGGAUCACAGUAAUAAUAAUCAGGCGGUGGUUUCCCAGUUAGGUUCUUUAGAUGAGGAAUUCACCCCUUAA